CAUACACUUUAAGUUCAACCUCCAUUCACUUAAUUCUCACCGGAUCUCAAACAUCUGCACCAUCAAUGGCUCCUGAGAAGGUAACCAUAAUGGUGCUAGAUGUUGACCUCAAGUGCUCCCACUGCUACAAGAAGGUUAAGAAAAUCAUCAGGAAAAUCCCUGAAAUAAGAGAUCAAGAAUACGAGGUGUACAAUAACAAGGUGAAGAUCAUCGUCGUUUGCGUUAGCCCUGAGAAGAUCCGGGAUAAACUCUGUUACAAGGGUGGAAACUCGAUUCAGAAGAUAGAAGUAAUUGCUGAAAAGCUGAAGGACCAGAAGCCUGCCGAUAAACCCAAAGAAAAAGGAGAUCACGCGCCGCCGGUAGUCAAGAAACCUGAUUCAAAACCGGAGAUGGCAAGAAUGGCGGGUGGGUAUCCACCACCAAAUUACCAUGUGGUCGGAUAUGGAUGCGAGUGUCAUGGUGGAGGCUACGUGGUACCACCACAGCCACCUGGAUACGGGUAUGGGUACGGGUCUGGAUAUGGACAUGUACGUGGAUAUGAUCAUGGGUAUAACGGAAAUGCAAGUCGUGAUCAUUAUUAUAGUGAAGAAAAUGCACAAGGAUGCUCCGUAAUGUAAAGCGGCGACGUGGAGGUUAUUA